UAAAAAAUGUUGUGACGUCACAUCAAAACAACAACAUGGCCGUCGCAGCGGGUUUGGAGUUGUUGUACAGCAGCGUUUGUGCGCAGGUUAGAAGCGAGCACGACGCUCUGGUCUGCUUCCUGCACUGGGAGAUGGUCCAGUCAGGGUUCAAGUGUGUGGGGACAGGAGACGAGGCUCCAGUGACAGCCAAAAACAAAGCUAAGAAGUCGGAGCUGUUACCGCGCGGGUGGAACAGCACACAGGACGUGUACGCGCUCAGAUAUCAGCCUAGUGACACGGAGGAGAACUAUCUGAUGAAAGCCAUACGCAUGGAGGACAGUCUGCUGGUGCAUGUUAUGAGAGUUAAAGAUGAAAAAGUUGGCAGUUUGACUCUGGAUGUGAAGGAGUACAUCAACAAAACUGACCUUCAGGACUUUGACAGUGUUUACAAGAACAUAGAAACCCUGGAAGCAGCGUUCCGGUCGGGAAUCGUGGAAGAGUUCAAACCGGCGAACAGAUCGUCCAACGCUGCGACCAACAGUGAGGAGAGAAAGGAGGACAAACCCAGCAGAUCACAGAGAGCGCCGCGACUGGCCGACGAUCCAGAUCAUGAUCCACUGCGGAUUGGCCCGCCCAGAAGACCGAGAGAUCCGUACAGACAGGGCAACCCUGAAUGGGGUGAGCCGUCCAGACCAUACCCUAGUGUUGGCACUGGAGACCUAGACCCUUUCAGUGGAGGAAUGGGAGGAGGGAUGUUAGUGGACCCAAUGAGAUCAGGUUAUCCACGAGGGCCCCUCAACCCUUCAGCUGGGAUCCCUGGGAUGGUGCCCAGGGGUUCAGUCCCUCCAGGCGCCAGGUUUGACCCCAUAGGUCCUGUCACAGGGGGUGCCAUGAGGGGGUGAGUGUGUACCG